CCAAACUUUCUCUCUCUAGCUAAAACCCCACUUUUCAUACCUUGAGCAUGCCUGAAUGUCCAGAGAAAGGGAGAGAUUUGAUGAGAUAGGCAAGAAGAUCAAGAGAGAUAACGACGCAUUUUCAAGAGGAGGAGGAGGAGGAGGAGGUGGUGGUGGUGGUGGUGGAGGAAGGCGGCAUUUUCAGUUGGGUCCUCCCGGAAUACUAAACACAACCACCCCUUGCGCCGCGUGCAAGCUCCUUAGGAGAAGAUGUGCUCAAGAAUGCCCCUUUUCACCUUACUUCUCCCCUCAUGAACCCCAGAAAUUCGCCUCCGUUCACAAAGUUUUUGGUGCUAGCAAUGUUUCUAAGAUGCUCAUGGAAGUGCCAGAGAAUCAACGAGCGGACGCGGCCAAUAGCCUGGUGUAUGAAGCAAAUGUGAGGCUUAGAGAUCCGGUUUAUGGUUGUAUGGGUGCAAUUUCAGCAUUACAACAACAAGUUCAAGUUUUACAAGCUGAACUUAAUGCAGUAAGGGCUGAGAUACUUAAAUACAAGUAUAGAGAAGCUAAUCAUUUAUCCAACAAUAUUAUUAGUACUAAUAAUAAUAUUAAUAAUAACCCAAACCCAUCACCCUCUUCUCAUGAUCUUACUUUCUUUUCACCUGGGGCGGCGGUUUCAAUAGCCGUGCCACCACCACUAACACCAGCAAUUCCAACCCCUUCACCACCUCCUCCACCACCGCCGCCGCCGCCUCCUCUUCAUAAUAUUCCUCCCCAUAGUUCUUCUUCCAUGUAUACACAUGAACCCUCAUCUUCUACUCCUGAUCAUGAUCACUAUAGCUCCAUUUCUAAUGAAGACAUCUACUUUGGUUAAACAUAGAUAGAUCUGAUCUUAAGGUAACCAAAAUUGAUAAUCCCAUUAUUAAUUAUUGUUUCUUUCAUUUUUAUUUACAAUGUAAUAAUUAAGAUGAGGAUUACAAAAUCCAGAUUCUAGCUUUAUGUUUUUUUAUUGGGAAUUGCUGAUUAAUUUGUCUAUGUAGAGAGGAGUUGAUGUAAAAAGCCCUUAUUGGUAAUUUAUUCUACCUCAGGAGUAGAUAUUUAUGGUUGAAGAAUAAUUAUUUCAUUGCAUAAUUUUUAUCCCAUAAAUUUAUACAAAUAUUAAA